AUUUUAGCAACCCAUGCGAAAUUUGAAAAUGGCUUUUUCCCUGACAUUUGCGUUGCCAAAAAAGCAACCAGGUGAUCCGUAGGCCUUAAACUGGCGCUCAAGGUCAGGAAGCAUCUAUCCUUCUACUCGCCGACGCUGCUGAGCGCCGCCUUUACCAGUCUGAACGGUGUCUAUAAUCCGCACGGCACCGGCAACACCAGCGAUCCCGCUCCCGACGAGGAGCCCGACCAUCAUCAAACCCAUCAUCAUCAUCAUCAUUCCCGCCUGAACAGCGAGCGGGAACGAGAGCCCAGGCGCAGGCAUCGUCAGGAGCAGCAGGAGGAGGAGGAGGAGGAGGAGCACGACCUAGAGAUGGGUGGCCCCACAGCGCCCGGAAGCACGGUCGCCAGCAGCGGCGGAGGUGGCAACGGAGGCGAGGUGGGUCAGACCUACUGCCUGCGGUGGAACAAUCACCAGACGAAUCUGGUCCAGAUUCUGCAUGCCCUGCACGAGGUGGGCAGCUAUGUGGACUGCACAUUGGUCGUUGACGAUGAGCAGUUCCAGGCUCAUCGCGUUGUCCUGGCCGCCAAUUCGCCAUAUUUCCAGCACAUAUUGCGUGAUGUCCCCCAGGAUCACUGCAGCAUCAUACUGCCGGGGGUAAAGGGUUUCGAAAUUGCUGCCCUUCUGCAGUAUAUGUACACGGGUGAGACGACGGUGACCAAGAGCCAGGAGCCGGAGAUCCUGCGCACAGCCAAGGAGCUGCAGGUUAAGGGGCUCUACGACAACCUGAUGAAGUUCAAUCAUCAUGCCAGCUCCAGUGCCAGUGCCACGCCCACCUCGAGCUCAACGGCGGGCGGCAAACCCCUAAAUGGUGGCAGCCACAGCCACAGCCACUCCUCGUCCGUGAUCUCCACAUCCACCCACAUUUCGCCCAGUGCCGCCAUAUCGAGCAGCUGCUCACCACCACCACCACCGCCGCCGCAGUUUGGCGGCUAUCAGCCCGCCUUCAGUCACCACUAUCCGCCGCAAUCGAUGCCGGCUAGCAGCCAAGGUCCAGCCGGUUCGGAGCCCCCACUGACACCCACCCAUGUGACGGCACCACCUUCGUCGGGACCAUCGUCGGAGACGGGCGCUGGCGGCCAGUGGCCCAUGACCCCGUCCGCUGCCGCUGCCAUGUUGAACUCCGUUUACGAAUCCGCCGCCGAUAUGAAUCCUCUCAAGCGCAAGAAGUUGUCGGCCAUUUCGAGCAUGUUGCUCAGUGGCAAUCGUGACACACCGAUCCUCCGCAAUGUCCUGGCUCAGGCCAAUCCCGCUGACUCCUCACAACCCGGACCGCUUAUCCUGAAUGGCGAGAAGACACCCACGCAUCCGCAUCAGAAUCCUCAGCACUCGACGGCCGGCGGAGUGGGUGUGAGCGGUGGUGUGAGUGGAGGCGGCGGAGAGAGGAACCAUAGCUUCAAUGGCUCUGAUUAUGGCGGCGAUAAGGAGCCCUUGUCGCCAUACACCGAUCGAUCCUUUGAGGAGGAGACCGGCCAGUCUGGCGGCAAGAAGCCGGAGUGGAAGCGCUACAAGCAGUACACCCGAGCGGAUAUGAUGUGUGCCAUCCAGGCGGUGCGUGAGGGUAUGAGUGCACUCCAGGCGAGUCGCAAAUAUGGUCUGCCCAGUCGCACCCUCUACGACAAGGUGCGUAAGCUCAAUAUCACCACCGGAAGGGGCACCCAUCGCACCCCAAAGCGUAGUCCUCCCGGUGCUGAGGCCUCGCAGGGAUUCCCCUAUUCGGCGGCGGCAGCAGCUGCUGCUGCCCACAACUAUGGCCAUGGACAUGUGCAUCCCUCGGAGCUGAAGCGUGAAUCGAAGGGGGAUCAUGUGCCCGCUCACCAUGGCAUGCCGCCCACCAUUCCCCCCUCGGCGGCUGCUCUCCUGGAUCAUGCCUUCCUGCAGCAGGCUCUGGAGAAUCGUGGCGGUGACAUGGCCGGCCGAGAGGCUCUCCAUGCCAUGGCCUUGGCCGCCGCUGCCCAUGCUGCGGCCAAUCGCAUGUCCAGCAGUCCGGUGGAUACGGAUCAGCGUUCGAAUGGCCAUGGCAUGCGGUCACCGAGUCCGGGACGUCACUAUCAGGACCAGGAGGCCAUGGACCUGGAGAUGGAGAAGCAUGAGCAGCGUCUGAUCAAGCGAGAGCGUGAUCAGGAUGAGCGUGAAGACGCUGACGAUGAGGAGGAUCACGAGCAGGAGCAUGUGGAGGAUCUGUCGCUGGCAAGGAAAGAGCGACCAGCAUCGCCCUACUCGCCGCAGCCGCCACAUGUGGAGGGAGGAGGAGGAGCUGCCGGUGUGAUUAUGCAUGCCAGCAGUGCCAAUGGCAAGGAGCAUGAGCAUGAGCGGGAAAGGGAACGGGAGCAGGAGGACUAUCCACCACACUCGCCGCCACCCUUUGCCCUGGGCAUGGGCCUCAAGCGGGAACUCAUCGAGGGCGAGGAGGCCCAGGCUCGGGCCGACUGAUUAACGCUCACCAUGGCCUGGCAGUAUGCGGCGGACAGCCUCGACUCCCUGGAUUAGGCCAGGCUUAACCCCCAACUCCCCCCACUUUUGAACCCUUGUUGUGUUACUUCUUUCCUUAACCCUCGGCUCUCGACAAAACCAGAGCCGAGCCAGCGUUGGUGAAGCUUUAAACGAACAGAGAAGAUGAAGAUAGAGAGAGAGAGACCUCAAGUCCCAGUCGUCGUCAACUACGAAAUCAAACCCACACUAAAACCACAACUAAAACUAAGCUAAGAUUGUUGUUCAGCAUCAUCACUUUGUGCCUAAAGAAAAAAAGAAUAUUAGCAGAGAUUAGGAUUAGUUAGGAGUAGGACUAGCCGUAGGAUAGGUCAUAGGCUCUAGGCUAUAGGCACUCGUAGGCCAUCAUUGUAGGGAAACCCCAUCCAGCUCCCCGCCGAUCCAACUGACAAAAAGUAAGCUAGACGACCCACACUUAUACAUGAGACUGAACGGGGAUCAGAGGGGCGAGUACAGUCGAAGGAGGAGGAUUUGGAGGACUAGGAUGACCAGGAGGAGCAUUAGGACAGAGCAGAAGAGGCUCAACUGCACACUAAUUGUACAACUUUGUUAAAAUGCCAGUGAUUUGUUUUAAAAAUUAUUAGCACUAGAUUAUUUAUAAUAGAACGAACCGAACGAACGCCUUACGUUUAUGAUUUUCGAUCUUCUUCGAACACUUGAACUACCUCAACUAGCGUAUAUCCUUGUUAUAGAAGAGUAUAUAUAUUAUAUUAUAUAAAUCGUCCUGGGUUGAAUUUAUAAGACUGACACCGCGACUCAAAAGAAUAUAAACAAAUGUAAACGUACCACGAGCAACAGCACACAAAAACGCAUUCAAAUAAAAUUAUAAAUAAUUCGGAGAGAUCCUUUAGUUAAAGCCUAAAUAACUACACAUAUAAGUUCCAUACAAAUUGAUUAGUUCUAAGCCACCACACAAAACUAGGCUUAAAAAACUAAACA